UGUCGAUUCGUGUAGCGUCGGGAGGUUCUCGAUCACAAAGGUGACUUGCACUUGAACAGUGUUGUUGUCCUUUAGAAAUCAUCUAAGGUAAUCUUACGCCCACUGCAAUCUCAGUUAGGUAGCUGAGUAAAUCAACUUGCUACUCUGAGCUUUGAUUGAGUUGAACUGCAGUUUUUGUGGAGUACUGAAGCAUUAAAAAUGGAAGUGAACGCGGCCGUUCCGAGAACGAGCGAAGCCGAAGGCUUGUCGGUGGUCUCUUCGUUGUCUGAAGUGAGCCAUCAGAUCGCAAUCGCCGAGGAGAUCCCGACUGAACACGAAUCAUCUCAUCCUUCUGUCUUCCCCAACAACGGUCAGGUCUCAAGUGAAGAAACAGUUGAACAUCAACAUUGUGAAGUUCAGGUUGUUAAAGUCGCAAAUGUUGGUGGAGUUAAUAUCACGUUCGCAACCCCUGCUUUAGCAAACCUCGCUCGUGUUGGAGAGCAAAAUGAAGGCCAGCCAACCACGAUUCAAGUUUCCGAUGCACAACUAGCGCCAAUACAAGAAGUAGCGAUUGCUCAAAGUCCUGACGAGGGAUCUAAUUCUGAAGCAGGAAAUCUACAAGCAGAGCAGGUUAUACACGACAUACAAGAUGACCAAAUGCAAGGUAGUCCUUUGCACAUGGAUUCCGUUUCACGAGGAAACAACGAUGUUAAAUCAUCUUGGGACGCCGUAAUGAACGCUGAAGUUUUGACUGUUAGAUGCAGAAAUGAAAGUGCAGAACUACACAAGAGUAAGCUGGGCUCUGGCGGUCGUGGAAAGUGCAUUAAGUACAAUGAUGAAUGGAUGACGCCAUCAGAGUUUGAAGCACGUUGUGGAAGAGCUUCAUCAAAAGACUGGAAACGCAGUAUUCGUUAUGGUGGACGCACACUUCAAACAUUGAUUGAGGAAGGAGUUUUAACCCCACAUGCAACGUCUUGUACUUGUGCAUCUUGCUGUAAUGAUGAUACUCUGGCUGGUCCAGUCAGGUUGUUUGUCCCAUAUAAACGCAGAAAGAGGGUUUCUUCACAAUCCAGUCUUGCAUCUCCUGUGUUGAAGAAGAGUAUGUCGUUAAGUUCUGAUCCCACAAAACAAGAAAGACAGAAUAUCAUGAUGAGGUCAGUAAGUGUGGAUUCUGGUGGUGGUACGUAUGUCACAGAAGCUGGUACAGUCAUAGAAAGUGGUGAUCUUCAAGGGAAUGUUAAUGCAACAAGUGCAACACAUGUUUCUCAUCUACCAAUAAUCAGAGACAUUGCAACAUCAAUGGUUACAGUCAGYGCUGGUAAUUCCAUGCAACAAACACCUAUGACACCAAUUACGCCYAUGACUCCACAAACACCCAUGACACCUAUGACUCCRAUAAUGGUGAGCUCAGGCUUGCAGUUUGGUGCUGCAMAUAACUCACAGCCAGGAACAGUYAGCGUACAAAUAUCACAAGAUGCAGGACUUGAUCACAAACGACAUUGGUGGCACAUAGAAGAGAUGGUGAAUUCACUUUUAAGUACUGCAACCCAGUUAAAAUGUAUGCUUGAACAAGUCAAACUCCAGUCAGAAGCAGCACGUGAAGCAGCUGUAGCUCAAGCUAAACUUCAGGCAGAAUCAGAAAAAAAGGAGGUUUUAGCCCAGACAAGAAUGAACUCUCUAUUACAGUUAUCUAAAGCCAUCAAUGAUGCUCAAGUUGAAAGGGAACAGGCCAUAGCACAGGCAUUGCUACAGGCAAAGGCUGAUAAACUAGAAGCUGUAGCUGAAGCCAGGCAAGAACAGCUUAUCAAGACUCUCACGUCAAGUGACGGCCAAAUAGUGCAGUGCCAAGAGGAAGGGACUGGUGCAGAUGAUAAGAAUGGAAUGGAAUAGUUGAUUAGACUGGCGUGAAAAGACACUGUAGACAUAUAUAACAACAGUUUGAGAACAAAGAGGUCCUCUCAGAGGCCUAGUCUCCCUCUACAUAGAACUACACAGGGUUCCUCAAAGCCACAUUGGUGUGAAUUGUCCUUUAUCUAUUAAUGUAUAAUGUUAGUAAAAGUCUAGAUUUUUGAAUAAAACUGUAAAAAUUGUAAGGAUGUUAAUCUUACUAUUAAAAACAAUGAUCCAAGCAUAUAAACAAGAAUUUUAUUAGUUCUUUUAUGAUUGUUUUAGCUCUCUCUGCAUACUUAAUACAUGUAAAAUAAAGUUGACCAUUAUUAAAAUUAUUUGUGAAA